AUGCAGAAAGUGGAGGGUCAGUUGCGGAAAGAUGAAGAUGUGCGGGUUUGCAAAGACGGUGCUCGAUGGUCGAUCGGCAGCGCGCGCGCUAUGUCAGUCACUAUCCGCCGUGCUGGUGGACGCCAACACCUGCGCGUGUACCUUACAUCAACAACGCGAAAGUCGACCUGCUUGUUUUUUAUUUUGUAUUCACGCGGUGUUCUUAAGAAGCACACUCCUAUAGAAAGGACUGUGUCGUCCUUUCGUUGUUACACACCCAUUUUAAAGAACAUCCGUACACAUUUGAAUUAG